AUGAAAAUAUUGACACAAUUAAUUUGGAUAGUUUUAUUUGCUAUAGUGAAUUUGGUUAAGGCUGAUUCCUCUUUGUUUACACUACAGCUAAAUGCAACUGGAACUAAGCUCGAAGGUUAUAGCCUAUAUUUAAGUGAUGAUGGUAGAUUUUAUAUCUCUCAAGAUGAAAAAACAAUAACAGGUUAUAUUCGUGAUGAUGAAAAAUUUGUGGUAGAAGGAAAUGUUACUGGUGAUGGUCGCAACUUUUUGUCGACUCAAGCGCUUUCAAGUGCUUGGAAAGAAUGCUCCCCUUGGACCAUUGUUGAUGGUGUUUUAGAACUUUAUGGUUUGUACAAUUUCCAUGUUUUCCCUGAAGGUAGUGUUGAUGAUUUAUAUGUUUUGGGAACUGGGAAGGCUCAAGGUGGAGGAGUUGAAUACCGAACACUAGUUACAAUUAAUCCAGUAUUGAGUGAUGGAUCGGUUCUUCAAACAUGGCCACCUGUUGAGUCGUCAUCCGAAGUUUAUUCUAGUGUUGCAUCAUCUGUUUCUUCUGAAGUUUCUUCUGAGGUUUCUUCUGAAGUUUCUUCUGAGGUUUCUUCUGAGGUUUCUUCUGAGGUUUCUUCUGAGGUUUCUUCUGUGGUUUUUUCUGAGGUUUCAUCUGAGGUUUCUUCUGAUAUUUCUUCUCAAGUCUCAACUACUUCACCUCUUGUCUCUGAUUCAAUCUCCGAAUCUGUUUCCGAGGUUUCUUCUGCAACGCCCUCUGAAUCUGUUUCUGGUUCUGAUAUAUUCACUCUCUACUUGAAUGCUACUGGCACUAAACUUGAAGGUUACAGUCUUUACCUUAGUGAUGAUGGCAGAUUUUAUAUUUCCAAGAUUGACAAAACUAUUACUGGUUAUAUUCGUGAUGAUCAAAAGUUGGUUGUUGAAGGAAAUGUUACUGGUGAUGGUCGCAACUUUUUGUCGACUCAAGCGCUUUCAAGUGCUUGGAAAGAAUGCUCCCCUUGGACCAUUGUUGAUGGUGUUUUAGAACUUUAUGGUUUGUACAAUUUCCAUGUUUUCCCUGAAGGUAGUGUUGAUGAUUUAUAUGUUUUGGGAACUGGGAAGGCUCAAGGUGGAGGAGUUGAAUACCGAACACUAGUUACAAUUAAUCCAGUAUUGAGUGAUGGAUCGGUUCUUCAAACAUGGCCACCUGUUGAGUCGUCAUCCGAAGUUUAUUCUAGUGUUGCAUCAUCUGUUUCUUCUGAAGUUUCUUCUGAAGUUUCUUCUGAAGUUUCUUCUGAAGUUUCAUCUAAGGUUUCUUCUGAGGUUUCUUCUGAGGUUUCUUCUGAGGUUUCUUCUGUGGUUUCUUCUGAGGUUUCUUCUAAGGUUUCUUCUGAGGUUUCUUCUGAGGUUUCUUCUGAGGUUUCUUCUGAGGUUUCUUCUGUGGUUUCAUCUGAGGUUUCUUCUGAUAUUUCUUCUCAAGUCUCAACUACUUCACCUCUUGUCUCUGAUUCAAUCUCCGAAUCUGUUUCCGAGGUUUCUUCUGCAACGCCCUCUGAAUCUGUUUCUGGUUCUGAUAUAUUCACUCUCUACUUGAAUGCUACUGGCACUAAACUUGAAGGUUACAGUCUUUACCUUAGUGAUGAUGGCAGAUUUUAUAUUUCCAAGGUUGACAAAACUAUUACUGGUUAUAUUCGUGAUGAUCAAAAGUUGGUUGUUGAAGGAAAUGUUACUGGUGAUGGUCGCAACUUUUUGUCGACUCAAGCGCUUUCAAGUGCUUGGAAAGAAUGCUCCCCUUGGACCAUUGUUGAUGGUGUUUUAGAACUUUAUGGUUUGUACAAUUUCCAUGUUUUCCCUGAAGGUAGUGUUGAUGAUUUAUAUGUUUUGGGAACUGGGAAGGCUCAAGGUGGAGGAGUUGAAUACCGAACACUAGUUACAAUUAAUCCAGUAUUGAGUGAUGGAUCGGUUCUUCAAACAUGGCCACCUGUUGAGUCGUCAUCCGAAGUUUAUUCUAGUGUUGCAUCAUCUGUUUCUUCUGAAGUUUCUUCUGAAGUUUCUUCUAAGGUUUCUUCUGAGGUUUCUUCUGAGGUUUCUUCUGUGGUUUCUUCUGAGAAUUCUUCUAAGGUUUCUUCUGAGGUUUCUUCUGAGGUUUCUUCUGAGGUUUCUUCUGAGGUUUCUUCUGUGGUUUCUUCUGAGGUUUCUUCUGUGGUUUCUUCUGAGGUUUCUUCUGUGGUUUCUUCUGAGGUUUCAUCUGAGGUUUCUUCUGAUAUUUCUUCUCAAGUCUCAACUACUUCACCUCUUGUCUCUGAUUCAAUCUCCGAAUCUGUUUCCGAGGUUUCUUCUGCAACGCCCUCUGAAUCUGUUUCUGGUUCUGAUAUAUUCACUCUCUACUUGAAUGCUACUGGCACUAAACUUGAAGGUUACAGUCUUUACCUUAGUGAUGAUGGCAGAUUUUAUAUUUCCAAGGUUGACAAAACUAUUACUGGUUAUAUUCGUGAUGAUCAAAAGUUGGUUGUUGAAGGAAAUGUUACUGGUGAUGGUCGCAACUUUUUGUCGACUCAAGCGCUUUCAAGUGCUUGGAAAGAAUGCUCCCCUUGGACCAUUGUUGAUGGUGUUUUAGAACUUUAUGGUUUGUACAAUUUCCAUGUUUUCCCUGAAGGUAGUGUUGAUGAUUUAUAUGUUUUGGGAACUGGGAAGGCUCAAGGUGGAGGAGUUGAAUACCGAACACUAGUUACAAUUAAUCCAGUAUUGAGUGAUGGAUCGGUUCUUCAAACAUGGCCACCUGUUGAGUCGUCAUCCGAAGUUUAUUCUAGUGUUGCAUCAUCUGUUUCUUCUGAAGUUUCUUCUGAAGUUUCUUCUAAGGUUUCUUCUGAGGUUUCUUCUGAGGUUUCUUCUGAGGUUUCUUCUGAGGUUUCUUCUGUGGUUUCUUCUGAGGUUUCUUCUGAGGUUUCUUCUGAUGUUUCUUCUGAGGUUUCUUCUGAGGUUUCUUCUGUGGUUUCUUCUGAGGUUUCUUCUGUGGUUUCUUCUGAGGUUUCAUCUGAGGUUUCUUCUGAUAUUUCUUCUCAAGUCUCAACUACUUCACCUCUUGUCUCUGAUUCAAUCUCCGAAUCUGUUUCCGAGGUUUCUUCUGCAACGCCCUCUGAAUCUGUUUCUGGUUCUGAUAUAUUCACUCUCUACUUGAAUGCUACUGGCACUAAACUUGAAGGUUACAGUCUUUACCUUAGUGAUGAUGGCAGAUUUUAUAUUUCCAAGGUUGACAAAACUAUUACUGGUUAUAUUCGUGAUGAUCAAAAGUUGGUUGUUGAAGGAAAUGUUACUGGUGAUGGUCGCAACUUUUUGUCGACUCAAGCGCUUUCAAGUGCUUGGAAAGAAUGCUCCCCUUGGACCAUUGUUGAUGGUGUUUUAGAACUUUAUGGUUUGUACAAUUUCCAUGUUUUCCCUGAAGGUAGUGUUGAUGAUUUAUAUGUUUUGGGAACUGGGAAGGCUCAAGGUGGAGGAGUUGAAUACCGAACACUAGUUACAAUUAAUCCAGUAUUGAGUGAUGGAUCGGUUCUUCAAACAUGGCCACCUGUUGAGUCGUCAUCCGAAGUUUAUUCUAGUGUUGCAUCAUCUGUUUCUUCUGAAGUUUCUUCUGAGGUUUCUUCUGAAGUUUCUUCUAAGGUUUCUUCUGAGGUUUCUUCUGAUGUUUCUUCUGUGGUUUCUUCUAAGGUUUCUUCUGAGGUUUCUUCUGAGGUUUCUUCUGAUGUUUCUUCUGAGGUUUCUUCUGAGGUUUCUUCUGUGGUUUCUUCUGAGGUUUCUUCUGUGGUUUCUUCUGAGGUUUCAUCUGAGGUUUCUUCUGAUAUUUCUUCUCAAGUCUCAACUACUUCACCUCUUGUCUCUGAUUCAAUCUCCGAAUCUGUUUCCGAGGUUUCUUCUGCAACGCCCUCUGAAUCUGUUUCUGGUUCUGAUAUAUUCACUCUCUACUUGAAUGCUACUGGCACUAAACUUGAAGGUUACAGUCUUUACCUUAGUGAUGAUGGCAGAUUUUAUAUUUCCAAGGUUGACAAAACUAUUACUGGUUAUAUUCGUGAUGAUCAAAAGUUGGUUGUUGAAGGAAAUGUUACUGGUGAUGGUCGCAACUUUUUGUCGACUCAAGCGCUUUCAAGUGCUUGGAAAGAAUGCUCCCCUUGGACCAUUGUUGAUGGUGUUUUAGAACUUUAUGGUUUGUACAAUUUCCAUGUUUUCCCUGAAGGUAGUGUUGAUGAUUUAUAUGUUUUGGGAACUGGGAAGGCUCAAGGUGGAGGAGUUGAAUACCGAACACUAGUUACAAUUAAUCCAGUAUUGAGUGAUGGAUCGGUUCUUCAAACAUGGCCACCUGUUGAGUCGUCAUCCGAAGUUUAUUCUAGUGUUGCAUCAUCUGUUUCUUCUGAAGUUUCAUCUAAGGUUUCUUCUGAGGUUUCUUCUGAGGUUUCUUCUGAGGUUUCUUCUGUGGUUUCUUCUGAGAAUUCUUCUAAGGUUUCUUCUGAGGUUUCUUCUGAUAUUUCUUCUCAAGUCUCAACUACUUCACCUCUUGUCUCUGAUUCAAUCUCCGAAUCUGUUUCCGAGGUUUCUUCUGCAACACCCUCUGAAUCUGUUUCUGGUUCUGAUAUAUUCACUCUCUACUUGAAUGCUACUGACACUAAACUUGAAGGUUACAGUCUUUACCUUAGUGAUGAUGGCAGAUUUUAUAUUUCCAAGGUUGACAAAACUAUUACUGGUUAUAUUCGUGAUGAUCAAAAGUUGGUUGUUGAAGGAAAUGUUACUGGUGAUGGUCGCAACUUUUUGUCGACUCAAGCGCUUUCAAGUGCUUGGAAAGAAUGCUCCCCUUGGACCAUUGUUGAUGGUGUUUUAGAACUUUAUGGUUUGUACAAUUUCCAUGUUUUCCCUGAAGGUAGUGUUGAUGAUUUAUAUGUUUUGGGAACUGGGAAGGCUCAAGGUGGAGGAGUUGAAUACCGAACACUAGUUACAAUUAAUCCAGUAUUGAGUGAUGGAUCGGUUCUUCAAACAUGGCCACCUGUUGAGUCGUCAUCCGAAGUUUAUUCUAGUGUUGCAUCAUCUGUUUCUUCUGAAGUUUCUUCUGAAGUUUCUUCUAAGGUUUCUUCUGAGGUUUCUUCUGAGGUUUCUUCUGAGGUUUCUUCUGUGGUUUCUUCUGAGGUUUCAUCUGAGGUUUCUUCUGAUAUUUCUUCUCAAGUCUCAACUACUUCACCUCUUGUCUCUGAUUCAAUCUCCGAAUCUGUUUCCGAGGUUUCUUCUGCAACACCCUCUGAAUCUGUUUCUGGUUCUGAUAUAUUCACUCUCUACUUGAAUGCUACUGGCACUAAACUUGAAGGUUACAGUCUUUACCUUAGUGAUGAUGGCAGAUUUUAUAUUUCCAAGGUUGACAAAACUAUUACUGGUUAUAUUCGUGAUGAUCAAAAGUUGGUUGUUGAAGGAAAUGUUACUGGUGAUGGUCGCAACUUUUUGUCGACUCAAGCGCUUUCAAGUGCUUGGAAAGAAUGCUCCCCUUGGACCAUUGUUGAUGGUGUUUUAGAACUUUAUGGUUUGUACAAUUUCCAUGUUUUCCCUGAAGGUAGUGUUGAUGAUUUAUAUGUUUUGGGAACUGGGAAGGCUCAAGGUGGAGGAGUUGAAUACCGAACACUAGUUACAAUUAAUCCAGUAUUGAGUGAUGGAUCGGUUCUUCAAACAUGGCCACCUGUUGAGUCGUCAUCCGAAGUUUAUUCUAGUGUUGCAUCAUCUGUUUCUUCUGAAGUUUCUUCUCGGGUUUCGUCUGAUGCUUUUUACUCUCAUACUACCUCUGUCUUUACUGAGUCAUCAGAAUCUCUUCCUGACUCUACCUUUUCUAUUCCUACAGAUCGAUCAUAUUUACCAUCCAGUUUUGAUAGUUCUGACUUUUUGACUGAACAUUCUGAUUUUCAAUCUACAUAUACUGAGUUAUCUUUUAGUCAAUUAUCGGAUUCUAUUAUUUCGUCCCAAACUUUUGAUUCCGAAACUAUUAGUCAGCCGUCUACUAUUUUACCUUUAUCUUCAUCAACCUCUCUUUCUCAAUUUGAAUCUUUUGAAAUUUCUUCUGAAGUUCCAUCCACAGCUACCAAUACUCCUACUAGUUCUCAAGCAACCUAUAGUAGCUCGUUCGAUUCCUUCAUUAACGAUAUUAUUAAUUCCAUUUUAGCAGCUCUUGAUGACAGUAACAAAUAUGAAUUAUUUUCUUCUUUGAUUAAUUCCAUAGUCUCUCUUUUUGUUUCUGCUCUUGGUUCUGCUCUUAACACUCUUUUCCUUUUCCUAUUUGGUUCUAGGUCUCUUCUUAAACGUGAUGCUUCUUCUGCCGCUAUUGAAGUUUUUCAGCAACUUAUUCUAUCUUUUUCCACCUGGUUUAAUACUUCUGAAUAUGAACAAUUUCUAUCCCUUAUUGCUGAAAUCCAUAACUUUGCAGAACCUUCAUUGGUUGAGUCUUAUGUUAGAAUUGCCACUAUUUCAACAUUUUCCUCUGCGGAAUCUAUAAUUUCUAAUUUAGUUGAUCAGGAUUUAAAUUUCUCCGAUGUUUCAUCUACAUUUUACAAGCAGUUUGAUCAAUUAAUUACUGAUAUAUCAGCUGCUCUUUAUCAAAAUACCCAAUCUAACUCUGGUAAAUCAUCAUCUUCCUUUAUUAACGAUGUUACUCUUUCUACUCAAAGUAACCAUUCUAACACUAGUAAAUUAUCGUCUUCUUUUAUUAACGAUGUUAUGGUUUCUACUCAAAAUAUCUACACUUCUUCUCCUUCAACUUCUAGCUUUGAUGAUUUCUUUACAAGUUCAAUUUCUUCUGAUGGAUAUUCAAUUGAGCCCCUAUCUACUAGCAUUUCCAUUGUUGAAACUCAAACUAAAAACGUCACCAAAUACGCUACUACAACGCAAAUUGACGGAUCAGUUACUAUCACAACAACCGUCCCUUGUGAAACAUCGUUGGAAACAGUUAUUAUCAGUCCAGAAUCCACUAUUACUCUUACCGAACCAUGUCCUAAAUGUAUCGCUACUACAAUUACCUCUGAUCAAGUAGUGACAUUAACAUUGACUAAUUCGAAUGAUCAAGUAGUUACUGUCACGUCUACAGAAGUGAUUUCACUAAUUGUUGAAGUUACUACUGCUGAAUCUGUUUACACAGUUGUCACAACAACUCUAUCUGAUAAACCAGAUAAUGAUUUUACUGUUACAGAAGUUUGCAGCAAGUGUAAAACUUCUGAAGUUGUCGAGUCCGGGGUUACUACUUAUACAACAUUAUCUAAUGAUAGGAUUGUAACUAUCACCGAGCCUUGUGAAACUACAUAUAUCAUUGUUGAAUCAGUUAUUACAUCUGGUGGGUCUAGUGGACUUACGACGUCAACUAUUUCUAGUAUUUCCAGUAAUACCAACAGUUAUUCAGCAACGAGAUCAGCUCCGACCGAAAUUGGCACUGCACUCUCCACUUCAUCAUCAUUAGGAAUUAUUUUUAGCGUCUCAGCUCCAAUUGAAACUUUGCCUCUAGUUGUUGAGUCUGUUACGACUUCCUCUGCCCUUAAUGAAGAGAAUUUGGUCACUUCUAGUAGUUUAGAUUCUUUACAAAGUCUAAAGACUACUGUUGUAGUUGAAUCAUGGUAUUCCACCUAUACUACAAUCCAUAGUGACAAAAUUGUGACUAUUACGGAGCCCUGUGAAACUACAUACACCAUUGUUGAAUCUGUCUUUUUGUCUCCAGCUUCUAGUGCUUUUACCACAUCGACAAUUUCAGCCUUUUCUGACAGUUAUUCAGAAUUGAAUUCAGAUAUAACUGACACUGCUCCUACUGUAUUCCCUUCAUCAUCAUUUGGUACUGUUUCCACUCUUUCAACACCGAUUGAAUUAUCAACCCAACUGGUUGAAUCUGUUUCAAAUUUUGUUGCUACCAGUGAAAACGUUUCAGUUACACUUGCAAGUCUUGUUACUUCAAAGUAUGUAAAACCCUCUGUUAUUGUCGAAUCAGGUGUGACAACCUAUUCAACAAUAUUGAGUGGAAGCACUGUGACCAUUACUGAGCCUUGUGAAACUACUUAUAUCAUUGAUGAAUCAGGCCUUUUACCUGUUACCUCAAGUUUUUAUAGCUCUUCCAUUAGUUCCAAGAGUUUCUCAACGUUGGAACUUCUUCACUCGGAAAAACACUCUUUUAUUUCUAAUUCAGAAUUAGUUAUUAGUUCCGCUAUUCAAACUUCUGAAGUCGACAGCUCCUUGCAAAACUCAUUAAAAACGAGUAACCUGGUCAUUACGUCGUCACAUUCUUCUAGUUCUAAUCUUCCAACACCAACUUAUGAUUAUUCCUCGAUAAUUACCAAUUCCAAUUCAUUUACCACUACUGCUACUAAUUCAGCUUCCCCAGGAUUUAAUUCGGAGACUAUAUUUUCAUCUUCAAUUGAUAAUGCCUCUCAAGUAACGCAUUCAUCUCUGGAAUCCACAAAUAAUUCGAUUAGUAGUACCAUGCCUAUUCAAGUCAACUAUGGUAACUCAUUAUCUUUCAAUAAAGUUAUGAUGUUAGUUGCAUUGACUUUAGUUUUAGUUUUAUAA